AUGGAGGAAACAGAAGAAGGAGGAGGAUUUCAAAGUAGUCGAACUUCAACUGUUGCCCUGUUCUGUCUUCUCCUUUUGGUUUACUGUGUGACAAUAUGUGGGAAUCUCCUGAUCAUCACCCUGGUGUCCACCAGCAAGAACCUCCACACCCCAAUGUACUUUUUCCUUACACAACUUUCUAUCUGUGACCUCUUGUUGACCACAGAUAUUGCCCCCAAUAUGUUCCAUGUUUUACUGAAUAAUGGGGCGACCAUUGCAUUUAUAUGUUGUAUGAUCCAAUUUUAUUUUUUUGCUGCCUCAGAAGUAUCUGAAUGUUUUCUUCUCACAGUGAUGUCUUAUGACAGAUAUGUGGCCAUCUGUUAUCCCCUCCGUUACUCCUCUAUCAUGACAAGUGCCCAUUGUAUGAUAUUGGCCGCUAUAUGUUGGGUCUUAGGUUUUUCCAUUGCAUUGCUUUACACCAUAACAGUAUCGGUGAUGACAUUUUGUGGGCCAAAUAUCAUUGACCAUGUUUUCUGUGAUCUUGUCCCAUUAAUAGAACUCGCCUGCUCCAGUACUUACACUAUUGAGAUAGAGGUCUAUAUAAUAUGUUUCUUAGCAUUGUUCAUCCCCAUUAUAAUUAUUAUCAUAUCUUAUAUCAAUAUUUUGGUCACCAUCUUACGGUUCCAAUCCAAUAUGAGUAGACAGAAAGCCUUCUCCACCUGUAGCUCCCACCUCACUGUGGUCUCUAUAUUCUACAUUACUCUACUGUGUGUUUAUCUUUUCUCAAAAGAAGGACCAACGGCAAACUUUAAUAAAAUCCUCUCCCUGCUAUAUACUGUAUUUACUCCACUGAUCAACCCCAUUAUAUACAGUCUGAGGAAUAAAGACAUUAAAAAAUCUCUCCAGGAAAUAAUAAAUAAAUGUGUAAUAUGGUAUAAUAAAUAAGGUGCAUAAAAGGCCCCUCUAUAGUCACAGCCUUGUUGUCUAUGAAGACUGAACCUUUUAUUUCUCUCGGCCUCUGAGAACACAUCGAAUUUUCAUUUUUUGCGUUUAAAUAUUUUUUCUUUCACAUUUUUAAUAGCCAGUACUCUUUAAA